AACUUCUCGAUAAAAAUGUGCAACAGUGAGUGCAACAAUGACGACAGUCUGCCCGUCCAAGAGGUUAAAGAAAUAAAACACACAAAACCUGUCAAAACAUUACAAAGACUGAAGACUGAGCAUAAUUUAGUCACUGAUCCGGCGAACGAGGAGAAGCAGAAAGAAGUAGAGUACCAGCCUGAUCUCCUCGCUGUUUCCACGCAGCUCACAAAAGCCGCUUACGAUGUCGUCCAAAGAGAGUGGUCCCGUUUUAAGCUAACAAAUGCUUAUGUAGUAUUAACGCGCACAUCGCAACCUUUCCAUUUGGCGCUGGCCGUCAUUGUGCUGCUGGCGUGGUUGAACCGUCCUGGCUCCACUGGAAACCUUCGAGGCUGGAAAGCCCUCUAUGUAGGAGCUGUAGCAACUCAUCUUGGUGCUCAAAUUUGGAUGACUCUAGUUUCUGGUAUAGUGCUUUACUUCAACCUGCCUCGGCACGAGUUCGGACGCGUACAAACAGUUUUGUUCCCUGUCUACUACGCGUUCAACGCCUGCGUCAGCCUGCUUGCGUUGUUAGCAUACUUCCGCACGCUAUGUUUAACCCAGUUCAAACAUAGUUCAUAUGUCCAGCUAUUACUAUUGCUGGCAGUGUUCAGCAUCGAAGCGUACGUGCGCCUAGGGCUGGUGCACCCCAUGCUAGUCGCCAAACACAUUAAGACGCAAAUGGAGGAGAGUGCGGGUGGCGGACAAGAAGUCGGUCGCCUAGUGCUUGGCGAGCUUGCGCAUUGUCCCCGCUACCUCCGUGUGUUGAAAAAAUUCCGAGCUUACCAUUCGUUCAUCGCAAUGGGAACUAUGAUAACUCUCGGCUGCUCUUUGUACUCCACUAUGAUCGUCGUGGACUCAAUAUGUUAGUGGCGGGAAAAACUAGAUUCAAAUUCCAUCCUCUAAGGAUUCAAACCGCCGCCAUGUUGUAGCAUAUGGCGGCUUCAGACGCGUUCAAGAUUACGUUAAUUUUGCUCAGCUUGCGCAAUAUGAUGCAAACAUAUCUUUUUGGUGUACUUUGACAAAAGAGAAACUAAUUUUCGUAAACUUGAAACCGUUUGUACGAAAUUUAUAAGAUAAUCAGACCAGUUGGUGGAACUGGAUGGUAGUGAUGAUAGUUCCAUGAUUUAUGCAUUGGCUAGUAAAUGAAUCUUUAUAUUAAGUUUAGGUCAACAUAGUAAUUGACCAAUUGAUUAAAAAGUGUUCAAGUUGACAGAAAUUACUGAAAAAUACAAUGAUUUCGAGAACAUUGUCUAAAACC